UUCUGUUUACGAGAGACCGCCACGUCACUUCCGGCGCGCCCUUUACGUCACCACCCGGCGACGCGUCUCCCCUGUCACUUCCAUGCGUCUCCAAGGACUCUUCGCGGAUUAUGCUUCCGUUUUGUGUUCUUCCUUUACGGGCAUGGAGCCGCGGACUGGGAUAUUCCCUCCGCUACUCUAGCACCAGCGAUCUGCCGGUGAUUCACCUGCCCAGGCGGGCACAGCAGUUUCUGGAGAGGCGAGAGAAGAAGCACGCUGGAGAGGUGCAGGCUCCCCGCGCCGGCAGGCUGCUCAUCAGCUCUCGUAGACGGGAACUAAACCAGUACUCCCGGGAGACCUGCGGCCAGUGGGAAAAGCCGCCUCUGGUCAGCCAAGGAUGGAAGCACCGAAAGUCUCGGGGGGAUUAUUUUACUAUUAACAGACAACGGGAACAGCGCCCCUGGCCGGAGACAGAGGAAACUUUUCACUCCCUUUCUCUGGAUCCCAGUCUGGUAUCUUCACUGGAUGUUUUGAACAUUACAUCUCCUACCUGGAUCCAGAAACAGGCGAUCCCUGCCCUGCUGCAGGGCAAGAAUGUGCUGUGUGCCUCUGAGACUGGUAGUGGUAAAACGCUGGCGUAUCUAGUCCCUAUAAUACACAGGCUCAUAACCCAUGAAUGUGACUCGUCCUCGGACCCGCGGAGCCUGAUCCUGGUUCCUUCCAGGGAGCUCGGUGGCCAGGUUACAUCUGUAGCUAGAAGGCUUUGUGCCCAGCUGGGCUUAUCGGUGAGGUUUGUGGGCGGAGGUCAUGGGCGCAAAGCUAUAGCAAAUCAGUUCCGCGAUGAGCCAUUGGAUGUAUUAGUGGCCACCCCUGGCGCCCUCCUAAAGGCCUUGAAGUGGGGUAAGGUGAGCUUGUCAGAUCUCCACUAUGUUGUCGUGGAUGAGGCCGACACAUUGUUUGAUGAUACUUUCUGUGAACUCAUCGAGGGAAUUCUCUCGCACACCCAGAUCGCUUCUCGGCCUAGCGAUCUGCAAAGGCUGGACAGGAAAGCCCAGCUAGCAGUUAUUGGAGCCACCUUCCCCCGAGGUGUUGCCAAAAUAUUAAAAAAGGUGACAGAUCUGGGGAGCAUUGAGACCAUCAAAAGCAAGAGACUACAUUUCCUUAUGCCUCAUGUCCAGCAAGUGUUUAAAAAAAUCAAGGGAUUGGAUAAGAUUCAUGAACUUGUGGAGACGUUAAAGAAACAAGUUGCAGAGAAACCUGGUACAGGGGUGCUGGUCUUCUGUAACAGCUCAAGCACAGUCAACUGGCUUGGUUAUUUAUUGGACGACCAUGGCAUCAAGCAUGUCAGGCUACAUGGCCGAAUGCCAGCUGACAUGCGUUCAGGAAUUUUUGAAACCUUUCAAAAAGGUCAACAUGAUGUGUUAGUCUGCACCGACAUAGCCUCACGAGGCCUGGAUAGUCUCCGAGUGGACACAGUAGUGAAUUAUGACUUUCCUCCCACUUUAGAGGACUACUUGCACAGGGCUGGAAGGGUUGGCCGCGUUGGCAGUGAGUGUAAGGGUGUUGUAGUGAGUUUUGUCACACAUGCUUGGGAUGUGGAAUUGGUGCAGAAGAUUGAAACUGCUGCUCGAAAGCGAAGCAGUCUUCCGGGGUUAGAGUCCAGCAUAAAGGAUCCUGUCAAGUCCAGUGACAUUAUAAAAGAGGAACAACAGACCCUGUAGUAGAAAUGUAUAGUUUCUUAACUUAGAGACUGUAAUUCAAGCUGUUUGCAUUUCGUCUUCUCAAAAGAUAAGAGUUUUUCACUGAUAGAGACAAUAUAUUUUUUUGUUUUGUUGAAUAAAACAGUUAAUGUA